UUUCCGGGGGAUCUCUCCUAAAUUUCCCCCUCGGCUUUGCUCGUUAGCACCACAGGUGAACAAACAGGGAUUGCUCUCGAUCAAUUGACUAUUCUUCUGAAUCUUCUCCACUCGUAUGGUUCACUUCCAGACCUGGUUUCUGUGAUAAAAAGUUUCAUUGUCUCAGAUGAUCAGAUUCUCAACAGCCAGCACAUCUCUCUACUGCUUUUGAAUCUAGUGACUUUAUAUUUGAAAUUUCUUAAUCUGAAAAAGAAUAAAUAAAGUUUCCAGUAAUGAAUAGCAGUAGCAGUGACGAGGAAAUACAUAUUCCACAAAUAAAUCUUAGGGAAAGAGCCCAUGGAGCAUCUCCCUUCGUUGGUGGUUUUAGAAGAGGAAGUCGUGGUUUUAGACCGGGUGGAUGGAGAGGAAGAACUGAUAGACCAGGAGGUUUUAGAAGCGAUAUAUCAGAUGAAAGUUUAGACCCUGGAAGCAGCAGAGGAAGAGGUGAUAGAGGACGAAGAGGAAGAGGAAGGGACAGAUUUCAAAGAAGCGACAGAGCUAGAGGAAAUGAUUAUUCUUCUGGUGAUAGACAUAGUGCAGCAGAUGGACCGAACAAAAGAGGAAGAGGAGGGAAGGAUGGUAGCAGAGGAAGAGGAAGAGGUGGAAGUCGCUCUGCUCAUGUACACAGAAUGGAGUUUUCUGAUUUGGUAGAUUUAGCCAAGUCUCCACCUUCAGAGGUUGUUAAUAAAAUUCAAGAUGAUCUUAAAGGUUUCCAAGAGUCCUUGAAUAGCUGUAAUAAAGUACCUGAAAAAGUAAAGGAGCGAUACAUUGCUGCAAUUAUUAGUCUGCUCUUAAAAAUUUGCCAAUCGAGUGAUGAAAAGGCUAAUAUGAUAAUUGCCGAAUUUUUAAGCGACAGAUGCUCUGAGUUUCAUGUUCUUCUUAAGCACUAUGUCUCCGAAACACUUCUUUCUCAAACUAAUACUCAUAAUAUGGUAUCUCAGCUUUUGUUGCUGUUUAAGCAGUUAUUAACACGUAUGCCUUUGUCAGCAUGGCAUAUUCUGCCUAUUAAUGAUUUUCAUGAAGUUGUAAUGACCACAUCAGUUGAUUACAAUGAGCAUUUUAUGGUAACAGAUCUUAAAGCACUCUAUACUGAAGCUAAACAGCGACAUAUGGAAAAGAAAAAAUCGUCCGAGAUUCAUUUUGAAUGGGAUAACAGUCUUUAUCGCACUAUACCCAUUGUACCUACAAUGGAUGAGAUAUGCUCUUCCGAUCCUCCACGACUGAGGUCCAAUAUUAUCAAUGGAGCGUACACUGAUUGGGAGCACUACUAUGAUGUACAGUUUCGUCUUUUACGUGAAGAUUUUGUAGCUCCGCUACGAAGAGGUGUAACCCUUUAUCUUUCACAAGAGAGGACUGGACGAUUGACAGAUAUUAAUGUUUACAAAGAUGUCUAUAUUCUAAAACCAGAGUUCACUGAAAAUGGAAUAUGUUAUAAAGUUCAGUUUGAUGUUAGUCGGUUUAGGCAGCGAAAAAGCUGGGCACAUUCAAAGCGCCUGAUAUUUGGUUCACUUCUCUGUUUCUCACCCAAGAACAAUCAAUUCAGAGAAACCGUUUAUUUUGCAACAGUUGUUGAGAGAAAGCCAGAAGAUUUAGUUAAAGGGUAUUUUUAUGUUCAAUUUGAAAAUAGCCAAGAAAUUUUUCAGCACAUUCAUAAGACCUGUUUUGUCGUUAUUGAGUCCAGAGCCUAUUUUGAAGCUAUUCGUCACAUUCUUGUGAGCUUGCAAAAAGCAGAAACAGGCACAAUGCCAUUCAAGCGUUAUCUAAUUGAUAAUAAUCCUAGACCAGUAAACAGACCAUCAUAUCUUCAAAAUGGAACGUACUAUGAUAUUACUUGGUUGUAUCCUGAAUCAAAGCAAAAGUCACACCUUAGCCUUGAAAUUGAUAUCACAGAUGAGCAUUCUUGGCCUACUGAAGAUCAAUUAGAAUUAGAUGCGUCACAAAUUAAUGCAAUCAGAAUGGCACUCACACAAGAGAUCUCAGUCAUUCAAGGCCCACCUGGCACUGGGAAGACAUACAUUGGAUACAAAAUUGUUCAAACAUUGCUUCAAAAUCGGGAUAUUUGGGAUCCCACACAUUCAUCUCCGAUCUUAGUAAUGUGCUAUACUAAUCAUGCUCUGGACCAGUUCUUGCAAGGUAUUAUUCAUCAAAAAAUAUACCUUGAAGACAACACAGAUGAAAUAUUAUUGCACUACCCAUAUGAUAUGCAUUCAAAAGUUGAGCGUGUUCCAGAUGUUGUAAGAAUUGGUGGUAGGAGCAAGAGUGAGGAGAUCCAGAAACAUAGCCUAUGGAAUGCCCGAGGAAAUACUGUGCCUUAUUAUAAGCUUCGUAAUCUGCGAGAACUGAAAGAUGAUAUUACUACAGAAGCAUUAAAAAUACCUCUGCAUAGCAAUGCAAAUGUAAUGUAUGAUGUAGUAAAUGAGUAUAUGGUUGGCAGGGAGGGUAUGGAUUUACUGCGAGAUGUCAUUAAUCCGUCUCAUUUCUAUGAAUUAAGCCUUCUUGGUGAAGAGUUUGAUGACAUUGGUUUAUCAUUAGAGCUAUGGCUAGGGUUUUGGACAUUACCAACUGAGACAGCUCAUCAAUUUUCCAUUUCAUCUUCUAUACCACCUGAUACAGAACAUGAAUAUACUAGUGCUCCUGAUGACCAGUCUGCAUGUGAUGAUGAUGAUGUCAUGUUGGAAAAUGAAGAAGAAAAUAUUGACAUAAUUGGUGAAGCUGAGAUUGAAGAAUCUAAUAGGCAGCUAGAUGAUGUAGGCUUUAAGCGUUUAAAAUUGGAGGAUAAACAUGUUUCAAUAAAAGAAGAUGACAUCCUUAGCCAACAUAUUAAACAAGAAGACAAAGACCACAGUCAAUUCAAAAUAGAAAAAAAGGACAGCAGAGAAAUAAAGAAAAUUCUGCAAGCAAUUCGUUAUAUUGACCCUCUGGAAGAAGAUGAAGAAAUAGAGAUUGCUGAUGUAAGAAACCUUCCAAUGAUAAGUAAGUACAGGCUCUUUAGAUUAUGGGUUGUAAAGUUACAACGGAUGCUAACUGAUGUUACUCAAAGAAAGCUUAUUUCAUUAGAAGAAAAAUGUCGUGCAUACAAAGAAGCUCAAAUGGAAGUAGAUCGUAUUGCUUUAGAAAAAGCUGACGUCAUUGGUAUGACGACAACUGGAGCAGCAAAAUACCAACAUAUUCUACACCUUGUCAAACCUAAAAUAGUAAUAGUUGAAGAAGCAGCUGAAGUAUUAGAGUCUCAUAUUGUAUCAGCUCUUAAUGCUGGUACAGAGCAUCUCAUAUUGAUUGGAGACCACAAGCAACUGCGUCCUAAACCAAAUGAGUAUGAGUUAGCAAAAAAACAUCACCUUGAAAUUUCACUUUUUGAAAGGUUGCUGCUCAACAAUCUUCCUCACGCUACUCUUCUUAUUCAACAUAGAAUGAGACCACAGAUAUCCAGUUUAGUUUGUCCUUUUAUAUAUGAUGAGCUGAUUGACCAUGAAACCGUCACAACCUAUGAAAAUAUCAGAAGUUGUGACAAAAACAUGUUUUUCUUUAAUCACAAGCAUCCAGAAACAGAGAUAGAGCAUUUGCUUAGCCACUCAAAUGUAGGUGAAGCUAAAUUAGUUGUUUCUUUAUGCAGGCAUCUUCUAAAACAAGGGUACAAACCAUCACAGAUCACAGUUCUAACAGCUUACACUGGACAGCUACUCUGUGUGAGGGAUAUGAUGCCUAAAAAGAAUUUUGAAGGUGUGCAGGUUGUCAAUAUUGAUAAUUUUCAAGGAGAAGAGAAUGACAUUAUCUUACUAUCACUGGUGCGGAACAAUGAAUUGAAAAAGGUUGGGUUCCUUAAAGAAGAAAAUCGUGUCUGUGUUGCUUUAUCGCGGGCUAGAAUGGGCUUCUACUGCUUUGGAAAUUUUGAUAUGCUUCGUGCUGUUGUUCCAAUUUGGGAUCGUAUUCUAAGUUACAUUGAGAGUGAAGGAUGUUUUGGCUCAAGUUUUCCUAUCCACUGUCACAAUCAUCCUCAGUAUAAAAUUAGCAUUGAGAAAGCUGAGGACUUUAUUAUUCAUUUUCCUGAUGGUGGCUGCAAUAUUCCUUGCAUAUAUCGUCUUAAUUGUGGACAUCACUGUAGACGUCGUUGUCAUGUGAAUGAUCCAAAUCAUGAGCAGUACUGCUGCAAGGAGCCUUGUGAUAAGCUAUGCCAUAGAGAUUUGCAUCCUUGCCCACUUAGAUGCUCUGAUGCUUGUAAGCGUUGCACUUACCUUAUAUCUCAAGUAAUGCCAAGUUGUGGUCAUAUCCAAGACAUGGAAUGUUACAAAAAUCCUGCUGAAGAGCAAUGCCAUAACCCUUGUAGUAAAAAAUGUCCUAAUGGGCAUAUAUGUCAUAAAAAGUGCUCAGAAUAUUGUGGAAAUUGUAUAGUACUUGUGGACAAAAUUAUUCCAAGGUGCAAACAUAUAGUACAAAUGUAUUGUUUCCUUGAUCCAUCAAUAGCAAUCUGUUACGAGAAAUGCCAAAAAAUUUAUGAAGGUUGCAAUCACAAGUGCCCAAAAAAGUGCUUUGAAGAUUGCUCUGUUUCUUGUGAGAAACAAAUUGAGAAAGUCCUUCCUUGUUCUCAUAUUGAUGUCAUACCUUGCUCAAUGGAUCCAGCAUUAGCAAAAUGUACUAAACCUUGUCAGCGAAAAAGGGAAUGUGGACAUCCUUGCAAAGGAGUCUGUGGAGAAAGUUGUUCAAGUUAUAAAUGCUCAGAGCCAGUGAAGCUUACUCUACCUUGUGGUCAUAUAUCUACUAUCACCUGUCAUAAUUGCUCAACAGAAAAUGUUUACGAGUGUAACAAACCAUGUGAAAAGAUACUAUCUUGUGGUCACCCAUGUAAAAGAACCUGUAGCUCUCCCUGCACUACUCAGUGUACUCAAAGAGUUUCAUUUACUUGUUGCAAAGGUCAUCACACUUACAAAGUAAGAUGUUUUGAAGCUAAGAAUGCAGAUUUAGUUUGUGAUAAAAAAUGUGUUGAGAAAUUGCCUUGUGGUCAUGCAUGCACUAACAAGUGUGGUGAAGAAUGUUCAUCUUGUGCUCAAAGUGUUGAUAAACACUGUCCCUGUGGGCACAAACAUAAGUUCAAAUGUGGUGAAUAUGGAGUAUGUUCUUGUAAAAAAAAGUGUCCUAUAAUUCUUCAGUGUGGACACAAGUGUUCAGGAGAUUGUGGAGAGUGUUACACUAAACGAAUGCAUCCUCCAUGCAUGCACCAAGUACAAGUCAACAGGUUUUGUGGUCACUUUGGUUCAGCUCCAUGCAUUGGAUUAUUUGAUCAAUGCCAGCAAUCUUGUCGUCUCUCAGUCUGCCCUCACAACAAAACACCUUGUGAUCACAAGUGUUAUGAGCCUUGCCAUGCUGCACAAUGUGAGGAAAAGUGCAUUGUUGAGUGUUCCCACAGUAAAUGCACUCAAAUUUGCAGUGAAGUCUGUAGUGUACCAAGCUGCACUAAACCCUGUACUAAAUUAUUGGAUAAGUGUCAUCAUUCUUGCUCAACUGUUUGUGGUGAAGAAUGCAUUAGUGAGUGUUGCCCAAAAUGUAGUGGUAAGAAGUUUUCUGAGAAAGUCAAAGGCCUUGGGAAAAAAGCAAAUAUUACCACAGAAGCUAUUAUCAAACUUAAUUGUGGUCACAUUUAUUCUGUAAACUAUUUAAAUCAACGGUUUACACCCAAAGGAGAUCAAGACACAUUAAUAUGUCCUCUCCUUUGUCCUGCAUGUUCUAAGCCUUUUGUAUUACCCUAUUACUGGCAGAUGACUCAAGAGAGAGCUAAGGAUAUCAAACAAGUUAAAAGGCAACUUCCAACUAAUCCAGUUACUUAUUCACCAGAUCGCCAUCGUUUAGCAUUUAGAAAAGUUACUCUUGACGCUGAAACUGCCUGUGCAUUAAAACUUUUCUCUAAUGCUAUGGAACUGAAAUCUCAGCUCAAUAUUACAACAUUUAUUGAAAAUAUGCUGAAACAAACGAAAUGUAAACUAACAAUGCAGAUUGUUACUGAUAUUGAGAGUGAGUUAUUUCGAUUAAGCCUUCUUACUUUAGCAAAACAUGUUCCAGAAACUACUUUAAGUAAGCAACCACUUCAUAGUCUACUGCAGCAAAUGGAUGAAGAUCACAAUUUGAGGCUAACUUACGAGAUGUAUGAAGAGUAUUUACCAGCAAUUCGUAGCAACAGUGUUUAUGAAGUAGUUCCAGUAUCUUUACCAAAGAUAACUAAAGGACAGUGGUAUAAAUGCAGGCAUGCUGGUCACAUUUACUUCGUUCCUGCCAAGUAUGGAGCCAAUUGUCCAGAAUGUACUGAAUGUCACUCAAAGUAACUUAAACAUAAUUAUUACAUUGUUUUAUUAUUAGUGCCAGAAGACUUAGUAUUGUCCUGUAGAUUUUAUGCCAUUUAUUAUUGAUGAAUUAAUUAUAGAUUACAUUACCAUGAAACUUAAA